UCUCUCCGGACCACGUGCUCACGGCUGCGUCCUGCAUGGGCCAGGGACCCGCUUAUGUGGCAGUGGGCACGCACUACGUUAACGGCACGAAGGAUGGCGAGCAGAUUAAGAUCGCGUCGUCCCAGCAACAUCCGAAGUUCUACGGCCCCAAUCUCAAGUACGACUUGGCAGUCUUGACGCUGGAAAAGCCGAGCAAGUUCUCACCUGUUCAACUCCCGAAGUCUGAUGAUACUGACCUCAAGUUGGGAGUGUGGACGACGUCGAUGGGAUGGGGCAGUGCUAAUCCCGCCGAAACUUUCGAGCACUCGGAAGAGCUGCGCAGCGUCGAGCUUGGGGUGUGGAAGAACGAAGACUGCAGAAAGGCAACGAACUUUACCUACAUCGACCGUACGUACGUGUGCGCUGGUGGCAUCGAGGGCAAGGGCGUCUCCUUUGGCGACCAGGGUGGCCCUCUUAUCAAGGAGAACAACCCGGAGCACUUCGAUUUCCUCAGUCGAAUCCAUCAAUAUCAUUGA